UUUUUUUCUUUCUUGAAAUCCUUUAUUUGGUUGCUUUCUUACAUGUCAUUGAGACAUGGAUAACAUCUAGAAAAAAUACUUACAAAAGGAAAAUUACAACUAUAGUUGCCGGUGGGCUGAAAUGGGUUAAUUAGCCUGCCAUAAUUAUUACGAGAUCUGGCGUGAACGCGUCGCUCCGCUCCCCCAACCCAAAUCAAACACACCUGAACAAGCUAAUCAAGGUCCUCAAGAUUAGGAUAGAAAGUUAGAUGCAGGUGAGUUUCAUCAGGGCUGGAGUUGCCCAGACCUCCUUGGAUCUUUAAAAACGCGUUUCUCUGCGAUUUUUGUUUCGCGGAGAUUCAGCAGCAGUGCCUCGUUAUUCCUUCUGACUCACUAAUUCAGUGGGUUUUCUAGCAGAGUUCAUUGUGAGCUCGCAGGUCGAGAGGAUGACAGCUCGAGUGUUCUGCUCGUUGAGUGCUGUUUUGUUGUGUCUGUCUGCAUGUUUGAGCACAACAGACGCUGGAGUCGUAGCAGCAAAGCCAGGAGAGUGUCCAAGCAAGACAUCUGGAGUGAAAAAUUGUGGAGAGUUGUGUGCCUGUGACUUCGACUGUCCGAACAAUGAGAAAUGCUGCAGCAGUGGAUGUGGACAUCAGUGUAUGCCUCCAUAUACAGUGAAGCCUGCCGCCGAGCCGCCCAAGCCUCCUGUGAAGCCUGCCGCCGAGCCGCCCAAGCCUCCUGUGAAGCCUGCCGCCGAGCCGCCCAAGCCUCCUGUGAAGCCUGCCGCCGAGCCGCCCAAGCCUCCAGUGAAGCCUGCUGCUGAGCCGCCCAAGCCUCCAGUGAAGCCUGCUGCCGAGCCGCCCAAGCCUCCUGUGAAGCCUGCCGCCGAGCCGCCCAAGCCUCCUGUGAAGCCUGCCGCUGAGCCGCCCAAGCCUCCAGUGUGUGGCGGAAGCUGUCCUCAAACUCCCCCUCGAGGUGGUGGUGGUGGUGAUGACGAUGACGACGACGACAAACGCGGACAAGGUCUUGGACUAGGUCGCGGACAUGGACUAGGCCUUGGACUAGGUCGUGGACAUGGUGGAAAAGGACAAGGCCACAGAGGUGACUGUGGAGGACAAUGUGAUGGCCAAUGUCAGCCGUAGUGUUUAUCACCAAAUAAAUUGUUUAGUGAAAUGUC